UUCUCCACGUCAAAUAGCAAACCACACUUCAAGAAACACAAACGCGUAAAGAGAGGAACAACAGAAAGAGAAAGAGAGAGAAUGUCGACACUCAUCGUUCCGUCGCAGGUCCCCGACUUCAUCCAAGACUCGGAGCAACUCCACAGCGCCUUUUCAGGAUGGGGAACAAAUGAAAAUUUAAUCAUCUCUAUAUUGGCUCAUAGAAAUGCAUCUCAACGCAAAUUGAUUAGAGAGGCUUAUGCUUCUUCAUAUGGAGAGGAUCUUCUAAAAGCACUUGACAAAGAGCUUACCAGUGACUUUGAGAGAAUUGUGUUGCUCUGGACAUAUGAUUCUGAUGAGCGUGAUGCAUUUCUGGGAAAUGAAGCAACCAAGAAAUGGACUGCUAGCAAUCAAGUUCUUGUUGAAAUAGCCUGUACAAGGUCUUCACAAGAAUUAUUCUCUGCCAGGAAAGCUUAUCAUUCUAAGUUCAAGAAAUCUCUUGAAGAGGAUGUUGCAUAUCAUACAACAGGGGAUUUCAGGAAGCUUUUACUACCACUUGUGAGCUCAUACCGAUAUGAAGGAGAUGAGGUGAACAUGACACUCGCAAAAACAGAGGCUAAGCUUCUUCAUGAACAUAUCUCAAAGAAGGACUAUAGCAAUGAUGAUAUCAUCAGGAUCCUUGCUACAAGGAGCAAAGCACAGAUCAAUGCAACUCUGAAUCACUAUAAGAAUGAAUUUGGACAAGAUGUCAACAAGGACUUAAAAGCGGAUCCAAAAGAUGAGUUUCUGUCAUUGCUAAGGGCAACAAUCAAGUGCUUGGUCCGGCCACAAAAGUACUUUGAGAAGGUUCUUCGUCUGGCUAUCAACAAAACUGGGACAGAUGAAUGGGCUUUGACUAGAGUUGUGGCGACAAGGGCUGAGGUGGACAUGAAGUUCAUUAAAGACGAGUAUCAGCAGAGGAAUAGUGUUCCUCUUGACCGUGCAAUAGCAAAAGACACUGGUGGAGAUUAUGAGAAGAUGCUUCUUGCUCUAAUAGGACAUGAGGAUGCUUGAAAGAAAGAUGUUGGAAUAAAUUCCCCUUUUGUUUGUUCUUUUCUAGACUCUUGUCAUUUUUAAUGGUGUUUGUUGUGUUUCUUCUUCUUGUGUUGGUUGGGGAGUAAGAAGAGGAGUCUUUAAGUGUGUUUUCUUGCUUUACAUAAGGAUGAUGCUUGAGAGAAAUGUGAGAAUAAUGUUAUCGGUUUCUUUUUAACUCAUGUUUUUUUGAGGUAUGGUUAUCUAUAAAAUGUUUUCUCCUUCAGUUA